UCCUAGGAUGUCUGAUGAAGUGACCUAUGCAACACUGAUGCUUCAGGACUCUGCAAGAGCGAGAGGGAAUCAGGAUGGAAAUAACCUGAGAAAAGAAGGACGCCCAGAUCAAGCCCCACUUUGGAGAGGAGCUGCCUUGAGCUUGAUGACCCUCUGCUUGGUGUUGGUGACAGGACUGGUGACCUUGGCAACUAUGUUUUUGCAGAUGUCGAACGACAUUAACUCUGAUUCAGAGAAGGUGAGUCAGCUUCAGAAAAUAAUCCAUCCACAGCAAGACAAUCUGUCUGAACCACUGAACAGCUCCAGAAAGGGUCUCCCAGAGGAAUCUCUCCAGUCCCAGAUCUCUGCCCUCCUGGAGAGGCAGGAGCAGAUGGCGACCAAACUCUGCAAGGAAUUCCUCAUCCACACUUCCGACCAUAAAUGCAAUCCUUGUCCCAAGACCUGGCAAUGGCAUGGAAACAGUUGCUACCAUUUUUCACUCAAUGAAGAGAAAUCCUGGCGUGAUAGCAGAAAGGACUGUACGGACAAGAACGCCACUCUGGUGAAGAUUGACAGUAUGGAAGAAAGGGAUUUCCUUCAGUCAAAGCUGUCCCUCACAUUUUCUUUCUUUUGGCUGGGAUUGUCCUGGAACUCAUCUGGCAGAAACUGGCUAUGGGAAGACGGUUCAUUUCCCCCUCCAACCCUAUUUAGUGAGAAGGAGCUUGCCAAUUUCAAUGGAUCCAGAGAGUGUGCUUAUUUUGAAAGAGGGAAUAUUUACCUUUCUCGCUGUAGUGCUGAAAUUUCUUGGAUUUGUGAGAAGACAGCCUCCCUGGUGAAGAUUGAAGAUUUGGAUUAAUCCGACUCUUCUAAUUUUAUCUAGAAGUAAACGUCUACUGCAAACCCAUGAAAGAAAAGAGGAAACUACAAUAUUUGUGUCAAAAAUUGACAGUAUACUUAAACUAUCCUACAGACAAACCUGCUUCUCAGAACAUUCUCCUCUUCUUGUCUGGUUCCCUCUGACCUUGUGUUCUGAAAACCUUAAAAUAAUGUCAAGUACCCAGGAAAGAACAUGUCUUCUCAGUCUGUCUGUCAAUAAACAUUGUUUCUUACUUUAUUCUUACAUAGCUACACAGUUACUAGGUGAUAUUUAAAUACUGACCACCAGACAAAAACAGGCUACAGUUUGGGAGCAAGUCCCAGGAGACCCCUGUUAUACAAGCUUCUUAAUAAUGUACAGGUAUGAGAGAGUCCAAGGUAAAGUAACUGGGACAAAAGUGCUGUAUUGCUGAAUUAAAAAUAUGUUAGUAUUUUAGAGAAUACCCUUAAGUAUCAGCCUCCAUGUAUGCAGUAACUUUGGUCUAUCUACCUAUGAAACUAUGUACUAUAAAUUCAUAUAACUUAUAGCCUACAUAAAGUAGGAUGAACACUGUGUCUUGAUAUUUUAUCAUUUAUUUAAACUAAUAAUAUCCAGGUUAUUGAAUUGGCAAUCCAUGUAUUAUCAGAAUAAUAAAGAUUUUUAUUCUAGUACUA